CCUGCAAGAAAGGACACUGUGCUUUUCCAUUAAGACAACACAGUUACUUCAUCCAGCUUUGAAAACCAACACAAUGGCUUUACUCCCAAUGGUGCUGUUUCUGGCUGCUGUGCUGCUACCAUCUUUUCCCACUGAAGGAAAGGAUCCAUCUUUUACUGCCCUGUUAACCUCUCAACCACAAAUCCAAAAAGAGAUUGUAGCUAAACACAAUGAACUAAGGAGAUCAGUCUCUCCACCUGCCAGCAACAUGCUAAAGAUGGAAUGGAGCAGAGAAGCAUCAGCGAAUGCUCAGAAGUGGGCAAACAAAUGCACUUUAGAACACAGUAAUCCAGAUGACCGAAAGACUAGUACAAAAUGUGGUGAGAAUCUCUACAUGUCCAGUGACCCUGCUGCCUGGUCAGAUGCAAUCCAAAGCUGGUUUGACGAGCGCCACGAUUUUGUCUACGGUGCAGGGCCGAAGAGUUCCAGUGCAGUUGUUGGGCAUUAUACCCAGCUUGUUUGGUAUUCAUCUUACCGUGUUGGAUGUGGAAUCGCCUAUUGUCCCAAUCAAGAGAACCUAAAAUACUACUAUGUUUGCCAAUACUGUCCUGCUGGUAAUAAUGUGAGUAAAAAGAAUACCCCUUACAAAGAAGGAACACCUUGUGCCAGUUGCCCUGGUGACUGUGACGAUGGACUAUGCACCAAUACUUGCCAGUAUGAAGAUCUCCUUAGUAACUGUGAUUCCUUGAAGAAAACAGCCGGCUGUGAACAUGAACUGCUUAAGGAAAAGUGCAAGGCUACUUGCUUAUGUGAAGGCAAAAUCUACUGAAAUGCCCUGUUUGCUCUAUACAGGACUAAGUGGAGAAAAGCUAUCUCAUUUAGUUGACCCAAACCAGGAGGGAAAUGGUAGGCAUGUUAGUUACCAACAGUAAUGCACCUUUUCCUCCUGAAUAUUUAUAGAGAUCGCCUUCAUACCACGAUGUACAAAAGCAGCAUAGUCUAUGGUGACAACUUUGGACCGAUACAAAUCUGUUAGCUGACAUUUAAUUAAUUGAAUCAAGUUGAGGACUUUGAAAGUUGUAGAACCACAGGACAUGGUCACGAGAACCUUGGAUUAAAAGAAUGACAUGGUUCCUGAAACAACCCACCAAAAAGAAAGACUGUAACGGUGUCAUGCCUACUCCAUGAUUUUUUAUGUGUUUAAAGAAUGCAUUCAAAAACUGACAUCGACCUUUGCCUUAUGACCGCCUCUUUAAACAAAAGCAAUCAGCUUUUAGAAUAAAGAAGUUAUCCAUG